ACAUAUCUCAUUAUUCUACUGAAUUUGAGCUCAUGAAUCACGUGCGUUCAAGCCUUUAUUGUCUCUUUCUGACAAACACUUAAUUUCUGCGGCGCCUUUUUUUCUUUUGUUUUCGGCUGUUCGGCGACACACUAUAUAUAUGUAUCCUUCUAAAUUCUGGGUGUAACUAAACUACCAAACCUUAAUAAUUAGUGCAAUUUUCGAGACACGAGUCAUGUUCAUCUUCAUAGCUGUUAUCAUAUCCUUAGGGUUUAUCCUACUCUCCCCUUUCUUCAACACUCACUCUCAUCACCAUUAUUCCCUCCCUUCACACCCCAUCAUUGGUUGCCUCGUAGCUUUCUACAAAAACAGCCACCGUCUCUUAGAUUGGUACACUGAACACCUCUCCCAAUCCCCAACGCAGACCAUCGUGGUGCACCGCCUCGGCGCUCGCCGCACAAUCGUCACGGCGAACCCUUGCAACGUGGAGUACAUCCUCAAGACCAACUUUCACAACUUCCCCAAAGGAAAACCCUUCACCGACAUCCUCGGAGAUCUUCUGGGAUGCGGCAUAUUCGUGGCGGACGGCGAGCUAUGGUCGACGCAGCGCAAACUCGCGAGCCACGAGUUCAGCACUCGGUCCCUCCGAGACUUCACAGUGAAGAUCCUCCAAGAAGAGGUCCGAGAAAAACUCUAUCCACUGCUGGAGCAUGCUUCUGCCGAGGGUCACGUGAUCGACCUUCAAGACAUAUUAAGGAGACUCACGUUCGACACGGUGUGCAAAGUAACGCUGGGGAACGACCCGUGUUGCCUGGACCUGUCGAAGCCCUUGCCCCCUCUUUUGGUAGCCUUCGAUGAAGCUUCAGAGAUAAGCGCUAUGAGAGGGAUGGCACCAGUUUUUCUUACGUGGAAGAUCAAAAGGCUGUUAAACAUCGGGUCGGAGAGGGCACUUAGAGAAGCCGUGAAACUUGUUCACGAGUCAGUGCUUGAUAUGAUAAGAAGAAAGAUAAAAGAAACGGCUAAACAAGAACAACAACAAACGGAGGUGGAUUUGUUGACGCGGUUGUUGAAGGCGGGGCACGAGGAGGUGAUGGUGAGGGAUAUGCUGAUAAGCAUGAUAAUGGCGGGGAGAGACACCACAUCGGCGGCGAUGACGUGGCUCUUUUGGUUGCUGACGAGGCACAGGAAGCACGAGGAGGCGAUAGUGAAGGGGGUGAGAGAAGUUUGCGGAGAGGAGGAGGGGUGGUUUUUGGAUUACGAGAGGCUGAAGGAGAUGAAGUUUUUGAAGGCGUGCGUGUGUGAGUCAAUGAGGCUGUACCCGCCGGUGGCAUGGGACUCGAAGCAUGCGAUCAGAGGUGACGUGUUACCCGAUGGGACGAAGGUGGAGAGAGGAGACAGAGUGACAUACUUUCCGUAUGGGAUGGGGAGAAUGGAAGCGCUUUGGGGGAGCGAGUUUGGUGAGUUCAAACCGAAGCGUUGGUUGGAUGAGAAUGGUUCUUCCAAGUUGGUGAGUCCUUACAAGUUUCCGGUUUUUCAGGCCGGUCCGAGGGUGUGCCUUGGGAAGGAGAUGGCUUUCAUUCAGAUGGAGUAUGUGGUCGCUUCUAUUCUCAACCGCUUUGUCAUCAACCCCGUUUCUCUCGACCAUCCCGUUUUUGUUCCCCGUUUAACGGCUCAUAUGGCGGGUGGCUUCAAAGUCAGGGUCCACCGCAGACAAUGCUAGUUCCUUCCCCUUCUUCCUUCAUUUUCCUUGCUUUUUCACUUACUCUUUAGUGACUUUCUUUUCUGUCAUUUAAUAAAACUGAUUAGUUUUAUUAGUUUUAUUUAAAAGAUGUAUUGAAGUUUUCACAAAAUCCAUCAUUUUUCCGAUGAAAGCCUGUAAUAUAUGACUACAAGGAAAUAAUAGUUGUGGAUGCAGGUCAAAUGUCACCUAACACCUCCACAUUUUCCCCUUCCCAAAGUAUGAGCUUCUAUAAUAAUAUAUAAAUUUGAUCAUAAAUAAUAAAACCUCAGGUAAUUAUAUUAGGUGAUUGCUAAAUUUUUUUUGAAAGUUUAAACAUGACUUAAUAUAAAUUAAAUAUAUGUGUUUAACUAUUUCCACACAUUAUUAAUAAUAUAUUUUUAAAAGAGUUGUUAAAAUAAUAUUUUUUAAUUGUUGUAAUUAAGAAAAUAAUUUCAUAUGAACUAAUUCUAGGUUUUUUAAAUUAACGAUAAUUCAUAAUUAAAAGUUCUGAAUGAAAAUCAUUCUUUUGUUUAUUUUAAUAUUUAAUAAAGAGAAUUAUAGAUGAAUCAACCCAUUCUUUGUUGAGAAAUGUUACUUCCGCCAAGGAUUUGAGG